CUUGACCUGUUAAUUGAGGGUUCUACGACAUGUUCGACUUCAUCAAGUGCUAAACAUAUCAAGGAGUUAAAACCUGCAUCUACCGUCAGUUUUGACAAUUUCCUUCGCACUAUUAAUGCAGAUAAACCAUCUUGUCUUGCGGUUCAUAGUGAUUACAGUGAUCAGUAUGUACCUGUACCAUUACAACAACAAUUUCCUCAAGUGAUCACUGAACUAUUUGAUGAAAGUAUGGUUGGCAUCCCAUACAAUGAUGUUUUACUACACUGUCACAACGUUAUAAAUCAACUAAACAUUACAGCAGAGGAGGUUUCAGCAGUUGAAGCAGCAACAAGAAACCAAGCGUGUUCCCCAGUUUGGUUUCAGUUCAGGGCUGGCCGUAUAACAGCAUCAAAGAUGAAGAGUGUCAAUCGUACAUCACUGUCUGACCCUUCGAGGAGUUUACUUCGCCACAUCUGUUACCCGACUGAGGUCAAGUUUUCUAAUCCAGCUACGAGAUGGGGAUGUAGCCAUGAAGUAACAGCUAGGGACACCUAUGAGAAAUUGUCUUCUGAGCGUCACCAUAACUUCAGUGUUGAGGAAUGUGGCUUAUUCCUCAGCUGUGAGUAUCCACAUCUUGGGGCAACUCCUGAUGGUAUUGUGGACUGUGGCUGUUGUGGAAGGGGCUGUCUUGAGAUUAAGUGUCCAUUCUGUGCAAAGGAUGACUUUGUUGAUAGUAACAUAGUUUACUUAGAGGAGAUUAAUGGGUCACUGCAAUUAAAAAGGGACAGUCAGUAUUAUUACCAGGUGCAAACACAGCUAUUUGUAACUAAUCAUGAUUACUGUGACUUUGUUGUUUGGACAAACAAUGAUAUAUUUGUGGAAAGAAUUACACCUUGUAUGGUAUUUUGGAAACCAGUAGCUGAUCAUGCAAUGCAGUUCUUCACAUCCAUUAUUCUACCAGAGAUUGUUGCACGUCAUUUCUUGAACACAUGUACAAGGGUUGCUGAAGAAAGAGUCGACAAGGAAGUGUUUUGUACAUGCCAGAAGCCAGAAGAUGGAAGGAGGUAUAUUGGCUGUGAUGGGAAAGAAUGUACAGUCAGAUGGUUUCACUUCAAGUGUGUUGGUCUUGUGCGAAAACCGAAAGGGAAAUGGUAUUGUAAACACUGUUCUACAAAUAACACAAGAAAGAAGCGGAAACACAAUAGUGAAGAGUGAUGUUUCAUGAACAAUAUCUUAUCAGUAUAACUUUACUUAUGUGUCUCAAGCCUCGCUGACACCAAGCAACUUGUUCUGUGUCUGUGAUGACACACCACCUCUUUAUUGAACUUGUUCUCAAAAUGAUAUUGAUGUCAUAUUUUGUUGGCACUACACCAAGGCCAACAUAGAACAAAAAUAAUCACAGAUAAUGUUUCAGCACAUUAAGAAUAGUUUUAUUACUAUAAUUGACAGAUUGUACAUUUGAGCAGUAACUCAUAGACUUGUGUAUGAAAUAUUUUCCAUUGGUUUGUGAAAUGGUCUAUGACAUCAAUAGUUGCUGGGAUAAUUAUGCAGCUGAAUUAUUGUGUGAAACAAAAUAUCAGUAAAGUCAUUUGAAUAAGA